AUGGACGUUGGUUUCCGGACCCACCAAGCUGCGGCGAAUCCAGGCGCACGGACGGUCGCGCCUGUCGACCGCGAUCUCAUCUCGGCUUCCCGCUCGACAGGACAGAACCCAAAGGCCGACCCAGGCCACCACCGUCUUGCACCGCUCGUCAACCUGCGCCAGCCUUGA